UAAAGACUUCACUCUUGAGUGGAGAGUCUUGCCGGACCCUCCCCCUAGACAACGCCGUGGUUAAUGUGGUGCAGUUUGUUUGUCGCCAGAACAUAUGGCACUUGUUGACAUCGACCUGUGGACACACACCUGUGCAACUAUGGCAGCGGCGGAUAGCAGUCUUUAUCUUCAACUGGGCGAAUGUACCUUCGAGAGACUGGCUCACUCUCUCAGGGAGUGUGCAGAGCGUGACCGUGAGGAGUGUGGCGGUGACGGCCACGACCACCGCCUGCCGGAGGACCCCGGUCAACCAGCUCCUGCAGCAGCACAGGCGAGUAGCGAGUGUACAAGGAAGGCGACAUGUCGACGGGUCUCCCCGAGCACCUCGACGAAGGUGCUGCCAGCUACACCAGCGGUCACGCCUCUAUUUAGCUCCUCCGUCGGCCAACACGCUACCACUAACUUGCAGGGGCUGGGGGAGGUGACCUACGGGCUAGCAGGUCGAGGAGACAGCCUGACAGCAGCGCCCUUUAGCAUGUCUUUCAUGAUGGCCACUCCGGAAGACUUCUUCCCUGGCCACACGCCCAAACUCAACCUUGGCUCCCAGCAAACGUCGGUUGAAUCGCUGCCGUCCAUAUUGUCGUGGUGGGGCAGCGAGGCGGAGGGAGCCCGCUCCUCCUCGCUGGAGUUGGCAUGCCUCUCCCCCUCCUCACUAGUGGCCGCCUCCCUCGGAAAUUCCUUCAUUUCACUUGGCGAGGUACGCAGCCUUUCCAAACAUCAGGCGAAGGGCCAAAUCAACGGAGUGACAAGUAAUGAGACGCCUCCGACCCGCUACCAAGACUGUGAUAAGAUAUCCACUUGUGGCUCCCAUCCCGCCCAGCACAGCAGUUCUCAAGCUCAGUCCCAGAACAGUGAUGCUCGGCCCCAGAACAGUGAUGCUCGGCCCCAGAACCCUCGCAUUCAGCCUUUACACGCUUCAAUAGAUCACUUUCUUCACCGUCAUCUGGGUAGUGAAGGCCCUGGAAGGCAAGCUCCCUCCAGAAGAGGUCUGCUCAGAGAUGUGGUGCUCGGCGUGUCAACAGCCUUCCGCACCCACCCUCUCUUCCCUCUGCUGAGAGACCUCACUGUCACGGACCACUACUACGACAAGGGCUCCGUCAAUGUCGCGCUGCUGUUGGGCUACUUGCCUUCGUCCACGAAUGAACUGGUAGAGAUGUACCUGCGCAGACACCCAGAGGCGGCGCGAGCUUACCAGAACCCAAUUACCUCUGCUGACACGAAAGCAGUUGACGCCGUCAUACUGGAGGCUAUUGCCUACGCUCACGCUUCUCUUCUGGAGAAGAUUGCAGACUCCACGGCGGAGCUGAGCAAGGCGGUGGAGGCAGAGACGGCGGAGGUGGAAGCGGCCGUAGAGGUGAUGUGUCAGAGGUUUACGAAGGUAGUGCGGUCCUCCACCCCCGUCCACCUGCUCAACGCCCUCGACACUACCUUACCUCAGCAGCAGCCUCGGCUCCAGACACAGCAGGAGCAGCAGGUCCACUCACACCAGCAUAAAGAACAGUCUGGUGGGUUAGCUGUACAGUCCCAGAUGUAUGGAGCAGACGAGGCCUUUCAGCAGCUAGAAGAGAUGCUGGUCUCCGUCUCCCCCAUCCCGUCUUCCUGCCUGGGAUACGACUCUUCCUCCGCUUCCCCCUCUCUUCCUGAGCCACGGAGGAGGCAGUAUUACUCGAAGGAGGUGAUCCGGGUAUUGUCUUCAUGGCUGCUCGCCCAUCAGCACGACCCGUACCCCAACGAAGACCAGAAGCAGCUGCUGGUGCAACAGACGGGACUCGCUGUCCAGCAGAUAAACCAGUGGUUUACUAAUGCCCGCCGACGGCUGCUCAACCGUCAGGUGGUGGAUCAGGCUACCUAGCAAAUAGGGACAAUCCAGCCAAAGAGUAGCACUAGACAAAUUUAUGUGUAGUUAAGAGGGAAGUAAAGGGUGUCCAGGUUUGUAAAGUAAGAGUUCGUAGGUCCAGUUGAUGAAUUAAAGCCAAAGUUCUGUCCAGGGUGAAGUAUUAUUGGGAAUAUCAAUGAGACAUACUACCCAAGGGGACUAGUCUUUUCAAUGAACGCUUGGCAUUCAAACAUAGCGAAACAAUAUCGAAAUAGGGACUUAAUAAUAGGGGAAAAGUUAAUACAGGUAUUAAGAGUACUGAAAUAAUUUUAUCUAAGAUUGUAAAAAUUUAUUUGAAUUACCUUGUUUCUUUGUGUGGUACCGGCGAGUUCAUUCAUUGAAGCAUCUUAUUAGCAAAUGGUGUCUUAGCGGAGGCAGUAUGAGACUGCACCCACGGCGUCAACUCGCCACACAUUUUAUACUGUUUAAAAUAUUUUGGUAAAUAUAUUUUAUACAUAA